CUCUAUGGGGAUGCUUGCUGCAAUGCUUCUGGGACCUGGUGUAGUUUUGUGUCUUUUCACAUUCUUAGGAUUUCUAAAGAGAACUGCAGGCUGGGAUGCGAAUGAGAACUAUUUGAUUGGUGACGAACAAAAAGAGCCUGGAAAAGAUCGAGGAGGCGCAUUUUUGUUUUCUCUUUUACUUCUAUCAAGUGUGUGUACAUUUUUAUUUCUCCUGGCUCUUAUGGGAAUUAGACACUCGUCCCGCUGCAUGCUCCUCAGGAGAAAAAUGGCGGAGUCUGAGAGCAGUGAGCAGCCACAGACGCAGCCACAGCCAAUCCGCAUCAUCCCAUCCCAGUCGGCACAGCCCACCUCGUUGCCCAAACCUGUGCCUUCCAUCCAGCACGUGACGAGGCCCGCUCUCCCACCACACACGCCCCACGCCGCCAACCUCCCGAGCUGUCCGGGACGGGGCAAGAUGUCCAAGUUCCUUAAUCCAGAGGAGAUGACCUCACGAGACUACUACUUUGACUCCUACGCCCAUUUCGGUAUCCACGAGGAGAUGCUGAAGGACGAGGUGAGGACGCUCACCUACAGGAACUCCAUGUACCACAACAAGCAUGUCUUCAAGGACAAAAUAGUGCUGGAUGUCGGAAGCGGGACCGGGAUCCUGUCCAUGUUUGCGGCCAAGGCUGGGGCGAAGCAUGUGUAUGGGAUUGAAUGUUCCAGUAUAUCAGAGUACUCCGAGAGAAUCAUCAAGUCCAACCACCUCCACAGCGUGAUCACCAUCUUCAAGGGCAAGGUGGAGGAGGUGGAGCUUCCCGUUGAGAAGGUCGACAUCAUCAUAUCCGAGUGGAUGGGCUACUGCCUCUUCUACGAAUCCAUGCUCAACACCGUAAUCUUUGCCAGGGACAAGUGGCUGAAACCCGGUGGAUUAAUGUUCCCUGACCGUGCCUCACUCUACGUGGUGGCCAUCGAAGACAGGCAGUACAAAGACUUUAAAAUACAUUGGUGGGAGAACGUGUAUGGCUUUGACAUGACAUGUAUCCGUAACGUGGCGAUGAGGGAACCGCUGGUGGACGUAGUGGACCCCAAACAGGUGGUGACCAACUCCUGCUUGGUCAAGGAGGUGGACAUCUACACAGUGAAGCCGGAGGACCUCUCGUUCACCUCGGCGUUCUGCCUGCAGAUCCAGAGGAACGACUACAUCCACGCUCUGGUCACCUACUUCAACAUCGAGUUCACCAAGUGUCACAAGAAGACUGGUUUUAGUACCGCUCCAGAUGCAUCAUACACUCACUGGAAGCAGACAGUGUUUUACCUGGAGGAGUAUUUGACAGUGCGUAGAGGAGAGGAGAUUGUUGGCAGCAUCGCCAUGAAGCCCAACGAGAAAAACAUUCGCGACUUGGACUUUACCUUCGAGCUGGAUUUUAAAGGGCAGCUGUGUGAAGCGGCCAUUUCUCAUGACUACAAGAUGCGUUAACUUUGACCGAGGGGGACGCCGGUGCCCCGUCGAGUACGACCCUUGAUCACCAGGGGGAGACGGAGACACUCCCCUGACCCUAGACCAGGAAAGACCAGGCAGAGGGGCGGGCUGAGAGGGCCCCGCUGACAACAUCACUAUUGUCACUUUGGUGAGCGAUGAACGCAGGAAGUCAGUAACGCUGACGGUAAACAGCUCUGAAUGUAACACUGACAAAAAGAGGUCCGGAAUAUUUUUUAUUCUCAAUGAAUGUCAAAGAUUAUCGAUGUACGUGUGGUGUGAGAUGGAGUGAUGUACCUCUGUGUUCUCUUUUUUACAAUUACUUGAACCUUACGGAACUGAUGAAUUACUGUCCUGAUCACAUUCUGUUACAAAUAGAUAUUUCUACAAAUUUAAGACAUAGUUCUUAUGUCGUACUCUGGACUGUCGGGAAUGAUUGUCAGAAAAAAGAAUUAUUUAUAGUUGUGUAAUUUUAGCAAUGUGGGAAAAACUAGCAAUCGAACACCACAGCCAAGGACAAACCUGCGUACGUGUAUGUGAAAGGUAACGUGUUUGCAUCGUCAGUGUUCAAGUAGCUUUCUGUGAGUGUGUAACAGGUGUGGACGCUUGCACUGUUGCACAGCUUGGACUCCAGACGUGGCCCCGUGUUGUCAGUUUGAGCUGUGAUGUUGACAUGCCAAUAACAUACCUGCCCAUCCCAAAUGCCUUGACCAAGUGCCCAAGUGCUUAGUUCUUUUUCCGCACUGAUGCAUUUAUCUGUUCUCUAUAGUUUCACGAGUAGACACUAGCCACGCUCCUUUACAGGAGUAUUUAAGGCAUGAGAAGAAAAAAAAAAGAAAGGAAGAGAGGAAGAUUUUUGUCUGCAUUUUGACAAUCAUACAGAGGUUCUCUGUUUGAAUGGAGACUCUAAACCCUAGGCUCUAGCUUUCCCACGAGAAUGAAGACAGAAUCAAGAUUCAAAUGUUGAGAAUAAAGUCAAACUAAAUCAGAGAAACAUUAAAGAAGUAACUGACAGAGCAUUUCGAUAUCUUUGGAUUUGCCCAUUGCACUUUAUUUCACUUAGCAGGAAUACAACCAUCGCCUUCAACACAGAACUUUGGGCAAAUUCUCAAUACUGAUGUUUAUGUACUUAAAUCUUUAAAUUUCGCUAUUUUGACUUUAUUCUCGAAAUGCAAAACCUUCCUCUUCUUUAUUAUGCCUGAUACUCUUCCACUUUCUUUAUUGGUUUGAGAUAAGAAAUCACUCAAGACACAGAUGGAAGCCAUUCCUCCUUCAGUCUACAUCUGGACAUAAUUGACACUAACUAGUCCAACCUGAAAGACAUGAAUGAAUCCCUUUGUACCAGGAAGCUGUUGAGACCAGGUGUUUCUCAGCUUUUCUGCCAGUAACGAGCUCUGGUCUUCAGAGGAGCGAGUGUAAUAAUGAUGAAAACUGGAGACACUGCUCCUGUGCCGAGUCCCACGUCCAGUUCAUCUUUCCACUUCACCUAUGCUCUUACUAAUCACCAUCGCCAUGGUAUCCACUGAGGGGGAUUUUCUUCAAUCGAGACAAAGGCAAAAGAUUAUGUGGUGUUUGAUUUGGAAUACUUUUAAAAUAUCACUUUAACGUUUGCCUCAAAUAUCAACUGUUACGAUUUAAACACAAUGAUUUUUUAAAUUUGUGUUUCUAUGAUAUCGUCGUGUUUAACAGCCAAGAACCAGCCUCUCUCACCAAAGUGUAGUGUGAACACAACGAGGGGAAAACACAGUCUCUCAUUUAUAAACAAGCAUGGAAGUAAUAAUGCUGUCAACAAUCACCUGAAAGUGCAGCGACGAGCUGAGAGCUGCCGUAUAAUGACAAACAAUACAGUGUUAACUUGUUAUUGAGUUGUUUAUGCUUACAACCAGUUGUACAUGGCAAGUCUAUUCAGAAUGAUUGUAUAAUUGAGGGAGCACCUUCUUUAACGAGACACAAACAUAGAUUCUCACAUAAUUAAAUGGAUCAUACAGAUUCUCUUAAAUUGGCAUGUUGAUUCCACGUGUAUUACCUCUACUGAAUAUGUUGUCUCACAUGUUGUCAUGUCGACUAAAAUACUGA